UUGGUGCUCAUACAACACAGAGACAUUGUUUUCAAGAUGGCGCCAAUGUCGAAUGCUGAGAGACAAAGAAAAUACCGUGAAAAAAAUAAAACAAAAUGCAGAAAAAUACGAGGAGAAAAAAAGAAGCAUAGAGAAUACAUGAAAGCUGCUAGAAGACCAAUUGCAGAACUGACUGAAAAAGAAAAGGAAAAAAAGCGACGAGAAUGGAGACUUGCCAAAAAAAAACAAAAAGAAGGUGGUGUAACAAAACCAAAGAACAACAAGUGUUGUGCGUUAAAUGCACGAUUAUGUGAAAAAUUGAAGAAGCGAAUAACAGAUCAAAAGAAAGUUAUAGAUAAUAUAUUGCUGAAGAAACAUGCUUUACAAAAAAACCUAUAUAGACAUAAAAUUAAAAUUGAAGAGCUGCGCAAAUUGAUCUCAAAUUCAGAACGAACGGAAAACAAAUAUUUAAUAAACUCAUCAGAAAGUAAAACCAACAGUGAAUUUGUACCUACAGACAUUAAUGCACCAACUACCUCAUCCGGACUGACCACAACUGACAAAUCUGAAAAUGAAGAUUUACGUGAAAAAACUCCCAUGUCUAAAACAUUAUCCUUUAUAAAUGAAAAUAUUCCAUCCAUAUCCACUCCUGAAAAAAAUAAAGUUAAAAAACAGAUCCUGCAGCUGAAUGUGAUCAGUGCUUCGUUACAGACAUCGUAUGAAAAACAUAACAAUAACUCAAAACAGAUCCUAAAAGACAUUGUUUCAUCCGAAGCAAUAGAAAAAUAUAAUCUGAAAACUGAUAUUUCGAAAUCAUUGGGACUGAAAGGGAGAAACCAGAUACCGAAUGACUUGGAUCCAGUACCACUUACUACACGAUUACAUCAAAUUACUUACCAUGUUCCAUCAACAACACUAAGGUACCGCAAUGUCAGUUGUUUCUGUAAGUCAUCUUUGCCAAGAGGGAUUUGCGAAUGCUACAACGCGAAAACUCACGUCCUGAAAAAAACUAUAGUCCACAAGAUAAAUUGUUCAACCAAUGUUAGUAAAAGGAUGCGCAACAAUGAGGAAGCGGGGCAAUUGAAUGAAUGCGGAGCAGUGCUGCCAGAAAUUCCCGUGGUUUCACAUCGAAUAUCAACCAAUGACAUUGACGUUAUACAUGACGAAGGUGGAAUUUUUCAAUCGAAAACAAAAGCAAGUAGUUGCAUCAUUCGGGAAACUGCUGGAACAAAAAUUGUAUUGAUGGCAAAAAAUCAGAAUUCACUUAAUAUUAACACUAACGUCUUGACGAAUGUAAAACAAAAACCCAAGAUUAUAUCGCAAGUUAUAAUUCCGCCCUCAAAAUGUACCCCAAAAAUUGUUACCAAUAAUGAAAAUAAAGAAAACUUAUCAUCACUUAACACUAAAAACUAUGACCGGCUUAAACGAAAAACGAGAAAAAGAGAUUAA